AUGUCUGAAAAGUUCAGUAUGCAAAGCUAUAACCUAGUCAAGCUGUUGAAAAGACUGGAGGAUGCCACCGCCAGGUUGGAAGAUGUAACUAUUUAUCAAGAGGGAUACAUUGAGUCAAAGAUGGCAGGCACAACUCUAUCUCAUGAAGGGUCUUCGAACGACGUGAUGUCCUUAAAUGAACCUAAAGUUGCCUCCUCCUCUCCAUCCAAUUCGGCCUCAAGUUCAAAAUUGGAGGCAAUGUACGAAAAAGAACCUCAAAGCAUUGUUGAAUUUGAGAGGUUGAUAAAAACUAAUGUUGAACCUCUUGUUGAGCAAUCUGAAAAGAUUUCACCAGUUGUUUCGAAGGUCGUGAGACUCUUCAAAGAUGCAUACACGUAUCAGCUAGAAUUUCUAAAAGUGGCUAUUCAGUCCAAGAAGCCAGAUUUUAGCUCGAAGGAGUUUAGUGACGCAUUGGCACCUAUAAAUGAAAGUCUUCUGGGGAUAAAUGAUCUGAAGGAUAAUAAUCGCCAAAGCGAAUUCUUCCCUUUUUUAAAUGCCGUUGCAGAAGGUGCCCCUCUGUUCUCGUGGAUCGCAGAUCCCACGCCUGUUUCACUAAUAGCUAGUUUUAAGGAUGCAGCUCAAUUUUGGACCAAUAGAAUUUUGAAGCAAUUUAAAGAUGUCAAUCCAGAUGCGGUUGAAUGGGUGAAGGGUUUCCUUUCCGUUUUUGAUGAAACCAUAGUGUACGUUAAACAAUAUCAUACUACGGGUGUUUCUUGGAAAGAAGAAGGCUUGGAAUUUGCAGAAGCAGCUUCAAAAGCAAAGACAAAAGAUCAAGAAUCGCCAACUUCAGCGCCAGCUAUUUCUGCUGCUAGCAAUGCGAAUGCUGGUGGCCCACCACCACCACCUCCUCCUCCUCCAGCGGCUGUGUUCGAAGUGAAAGAUGACGCGAAGAAUUCUGCAACAAAAUCUGAGGGUCUUGAUGCAGUCUUCGCUGAGUUGAAUCAAGGUGAAAACAUCACUAAGGGUCUUAAGAAAAUCGAUAAAUCGCAACAGACACAUAAAAAUCCUGAAUUGCGAGCAUCAUCAGUUGUCUCACAAAAAGCCCCCCCACCAAAGCCUUUGAAGCCUUCGACUUUAAAAACAAAGAAGCCACCCAGAAAGGAAAUGCUUGGCAGUAAAUGGUUUGUUGAAAAUUAUGAAAACCAAACUGAGCCAAUCAUUAUCGAAGCUCAAAAGGACGAAUCGAUAUUCAUUGGAAACUGUUCAAACACUCUUGUUCAAAUAAAAGGUAAAGCGAAUGCAGUUUCAAUGAAUGAAUCCACCUCCACAAGCAUUGUCCUCGAUUCCAGUAUUUCUGGUAUUGAAGUGAUCAAAUGUGUAAAAUUCGGCAUUCAAGUUGAAAACAGCUUGCCUCAGGUUACACUUGACAAAUGUGACGGCGGUAAUAUCUAUCUUUCAAAAGAGUCAAUUGACGCAGAGCUUUAUACAUCAUGCUCUACCGCUAUCAAUGUGAAUUAUCCAGUUGGCGAAGAUGGAGAUUUUAUUGAGUUCCCAGUGCCUGAACAACUAAAACAUACUUUCUCUAAUGGCAAGUUGCAAAGCAGUGUAUUUGACCAUGCUGGUUGA